AAGCGCACCCAGCGCCAGACGCGUAUAGCGGAAGUAGCUGCACUGUCAAACCCAAACAGAGAAGAGAGCAGCGGCAUUCAGGGAGAGGGGAAGAUGCUGCAGAGUCCGUCAGUAGACAGCAGUGGCUCCACAUUCACUCCUCUGGUGGUGGUGGAGCUGGCUUCAGACACCAAGGAGGAGGCCAUUGCAUGGCUGCUGAGUAGGAUAAGAGACCAACAGCAGAAUGGAGGUGCUGAGCUGCUGGUGGAGCAGCUGGGCCCUGGAGUUGGGGCUCAGGAGAAGGAAAACCCCAACAUGUUCCUGGUGGGGGCCCCUAGGCAGAGGCUGCUGUCUGGUGCUGAGGAGGUGGGCCUCUUCAAGGAGUUCAGUGAUGGAUCCAUGAGGGCGUUCACCUCCACCAACAAGCACAACUUCAAAGACUUUAAAGGUGAUGGAGACAGCUUCCUCAGCAUGGCCGAGUGCCAGUACAUCAUUAAACAUGAGCUGGACACAUUAAGAGCCAAAGAUGAAACUCAUGUUCCAGGAUACACACAGUUCAAGCUCUACCCUGGGAAGUCUAUCAUUCGCAGGCUGCAGUCCAAAGGGAUCUUGAUCCAGAUGUUUCCUCUCCAUGAGAGGGAGGAACUGAAGAGACUGUCUUUCUCCUGGUACAAGAAGGUGAAGUUGUCCCUGCAGCCUCUUGAUGACAUCAGACACUAUUACGGCGAAGGCCUGGCCUUCUACUUUGGCUUCCUGGAGUACUUCACCUUUGCCCUGGUGCCUAUGGCCCUCAUCGGGAUACCUUACUAUCUGUUCGACUGGGAGGGAUACGACAAAUAUGUGAUCUUUGCUGUGUUUAACUUGAUCUGGUGUACUGUUAUCCUGGAGUUAUGGAAGCGGGGCAGUGCCUCACUAGCUUACCGCUGGGGCACACUGAGCAGGAAGAAAGCCUUUGAAGAACCUCGGCCUGGUUUCCAUGGUGUCCUUGGGUUCAACCCUGUGACAGGCCGCGAGGAGCCUCUCUACCCCAACGCCAAGAGGCAACUGCGUAUCUACCUCGUGUCCCUGCCCUUUGUCCUGUUCUGCCUCUACCUGUCCCUCUACGUAAUGAUGAUUUACUUCCUGAUGGAAGGAUGGGCACUGACAGUGCACGACGAGGAGCCCACAUUCUGGACAGGGAUACUGUUGUUCAUCCCGAGUAUUAUCUACGCUGUGGUCAUAGAGGUUAUGAACCUCAUCUACAGAUAUGCUGCUGAGUUCCUCACAGAGUGGGAAAAUCACAGACUAGAGUCUUCAUAUCAGAAUCACUUGGUUCUCAAAGUACUGGUUUUCAACUUCUUCAACUGCUUCGCCUCGCUCUUCUACAUCGCCUUCGUCAUGCAGGACAUGGUGCUGCUCAGACAGAGUCUGGCCACCUUGUUGAUCACCAGUCAGAUCUUGAAUCAGUUCAUGGAGGCCUUCCUGCCUUACUGGCUCCAGAGGAGACGCAACAAGAAGAUGAUCCGCAAAGUCCAGAAGAUAAGAACUCUCGAGGACAAAGAGCUUCCUUCAGCCGACCAGGUUCGCCUGGAGGCAGACAUGAGCACAUACUUGGGUACAUUCGAUGACUACCUGGAACAGUUCCUGCUGUUUGGUUAUGUCAGUCUGUUCUCCUGCGUCUACCCUCUGGCCGCCGUCCUGGUGGUGCUGAACAACAUCACUGAGGUUUACUCUGAUGCCUUCAAGAUGUGCCGCGUGUUCAAACGACCCUUCUCCGAUCCAGCAGCGAACAUAGGAGUCUGGCAGCUCGCCUUUGAGGCCAUGAGUGUGAUCGCUGUUGUGACCAACUUUGCACUGAUCGGGAUGUCUCCGCAAGUCAAGGCUUAUUUCCCAGACUCGGAGACGCAGCUCAUUCUCUGGACAGUAGCUAUUGAGCACGGACUGCUGGCCUUCAAGUUCAUCCUGACCUUCCUCAUCCCAGAUGUUCCCAAACACAUCCAGAUCAAACUGGCACGUCUGGAGUUUGAAUCACUGGAGGCCUUCAAGAAAAAGAAAAUGCUCGAGGCCUCGGAGCUCAGGAAGGUGGUGCAGUGAGGAGGAGAGGAGGGCGUUCAGAUACUGACAGAUCCCCGGCAGCCGCCUCCCACAGCUUUAACACAGCAUACUGUUGUUUACACUGUGCUGCUCACACACACUCAUAGUUCUUCAUUGUAGCAAAACAAAAGCUUUAUUGUGUCUGAUUGUCUGCACAGGUGAGCUGUUUAUCUGCAGGAGCCUAACAGCAUCACAGAGGUUAAUGGUGGUUUUCUAUGUGAAAGAGCAGACGACUGUUUCCUUGCACAGCUGUGCGCCACACGUGUUACAUCGCUCUCCAGAUGAAAUGUACUGUAAUGAAGUGCAGUGUUAACACGGGACAGAUGGAGUAGAGUUGGCUGAAGCCAAGUGUUCAAAUCACAGAGAGAUGCUGUAUUAUGACAUAAUAAACUGUAGUAAAAAUAGAGUUUAUACCAAGUGUGUCCUGUCCUUCUGCACUAAUGGUUACUAAUGACUGUGUAUUCCCAGUAAACAGACUCAAUAACCUGCUGCUUACACUUCACUGUAAUAAGCGUUCAUCAUCAAGUAUGGAAGCCAAAAAUACUUAUAAAGAAACCUGAUGCAUAUUAUAGUAUUAUACCACAUGCAGUCACUUCUGUCUGCUUCUCUGUCCUCUUCUUUAUUCAUGCUUCACAUAUUCAGGCAGAAAUUUAAACCACUGCACCUGAACCUGACAUUUGUCUUGGUGUGGUUCAUGUUUAAAGAGAAACCUGCACAUUCAACUUUCUACCUGAAUUAAUAAACAUGAAAAAAACUAUAAAAACUAAUUUAAUACUAAAUUAAACAAAGCAGAAGUGGAAUUCAAGUUUUGAGUCAAGUUCAAGUAUUUGAAGUGAAAAUGAUAAAUGCUAUAAAUGAGGUGGUAUUUAAACAGUGAGUGUUCGGUUAUGGUUAAUAAUCAGUCAUGUGUUCUGUUGCUUGUUACAUAUAAAUCAUCAUUUGUCUGUAUUGGAGAGAUUGUGGUAACAAUGUCUCAGCAUGGUAUGUGAACAGGGUCUCCUCUUAUAAUCGGUUUGUUACUUCCAGUCAUAUAUUCAUGUGAUGCCCCUGGUGCCUUGAAAUAAAAUGCCUAUCUGAAUAUAAGGGUUUUGUAUGCACUGGACACAGUCCUCUGGUAUUUACAUCAACAUGACAUGAUGUAAAGAAUAAAGUAGAUUGAAACUGA